AUGCGUUGGUGCCGAAUACGGUUUGUUCUCCUGGGCCUGCUCCUGUGUGUCGUGCAUGUGGUCAGCGGCACGUGCGGCCAGAACUUCGUGGACCCAUCCUCCAGUGCCCUACUGGCUGAUGUUGUCAUAGAAGGCAAGGUCCGGUCCAGCUCGGACCCUGAUCCAGACGGUACCUUCAACAUCACAGUUGCGGUCAAGAAAAACGUCCUCAAAGGCAAGGAGCUCAUCAACAAGGGCCGUGUUGCCAAAACCAUCACCGUGGACAGAUUCAAAGAUGGAGCCAAGGAUAAACGGCUCUGCCUUGGCCACGUGCAGACAGGUCGGACGUACGUGUUCUUCCUCAAAGACACUCAGGAUAAGAAAGGAUUAUAUUUCAGAAUAAUGGCCAUGCCGGUGAAGAAGUCGAAGAAAGUGAUUGCGGAAGUCAAAGCAGUGUUGUGCGAUAGCUGCGCCAAGUUGCCAUCUAUCAGUGCUCUCAAUGUCCCCAAGAAGCAAGCAGUGGACCGGAACAUCACGCUGGAGUGCCGGGUGGACAGCAACCCUCCGGCUUUGUUCUCCUGGUUCAAAGAUGGCGUCAUCAUCGCCAAAAAUUCAGACAAGUACCAGGUCAGGAACGGCAA